UUGUGCCAACGUCGUUUACAGUUGUUGCUGCUACCUUGUAGCUAAAAAUGACAUCGUUUAUUACCAGACCUGCUCUCCUUCGCGGCGUUGUAGCGACGUGCAGGUUCAUAAGCGAGCAUCGCGCAAAGAGACCAUUGUGUUCAGUCAGAAGUUAUGCCACUGGCGAAGACAACAGAGUGCCCAAAAUAUACACCAAAACAGGAGACAAAGGUUUCUCAAGCACAUUUACAGGAGAAAGGAGGCCAAAAGAAGAUCACAUUUUCGAAGCCUUGGGGAAUACAGAUGAGCUGUCAUCAGCUAUAGGGCUGGCUAGAGAGUUUUGCCUUGAUAAAGACCACACAUUCACUUAUCAACUGGACAAGAUACAGUGCAUUUUACAAGAUGUGGGCUCCAACAUUGCUACCCCUCGAUCAUCUGCAAGAGAAAGCCAUAUAAAGAAAACAAAAUUUGCUGCACAGCCAAUUGUGGAGUUGGAGACUUGGAUUGAUAAGUUUACAGAAGAACUCCCUCCUUUAACCAGCUUCAUUUUACCAUCUGGUGGGAAGAGUAGCGCAGCCUUGCACUUGGCUCGGACAGUCUGUCGGAGAGCAGAGCGCAGUGUUGCUCCAAUUGUUCGUUCAGGGGAGGCAGAUCCAGAUGUUGCAAAGUUCUUGAACAGGUUGAGUGACUACUUGUUCACUGUUGCCAGAUACGCAGCUAUGAAAGAAGGCAGUGAAGAGAAAAUCUACAAGAGACCUGAAUGACCACAUUCUCACAAAAAUUAAAACAGGAGCCUUGUUUUGGAAAUGUAGAUACUUUAUUCAUACUGUAAAUACAAUACAUACGUAGAUUUGAUGCAUUUUUUUCCAUUUAUUAAAUGUAAAAAUCACAGGUCGCAAUAAAUAGCAAGUGU